UGGCUCCAGCUGGCGUCGGCCACCAACCUGUCCACGGCCAAAGACUCCAGGGCGGUGGUGACGUGCGUUGUCAUCGUGCUCUCCGUCUUGGUUUGCUGCCUGCCCCUGGGCAUCUCCUUGGUGCAGGACGUGCUCUCCAGUAGCGGUGGCUUUGUUCUCUACCAGUUUGAGCUGUGUGGGUUUACCCUCAUUUUUUUCAAAUCUGGGUUAAAUCCUUUUAUAUACUCCCGGAACAGCGCGGGGCUGCGGAGACGUGUCCUCUGGUGCCUGCAGUAUGUAGCUCUUGUCUUUUUCUGCUGCAAGCAGAAGACAAGGCUUCGGGCCAUGGGCAAGGGGAGCCUGGAAGUCAACAGGAACAAGUCAUCCCACCACGAGACCAAUUCGGCAUACAUGUUGUCUCCAAAGCCUCAAAAAAAGAGCUUGGACCAGGCCUGUGGUCCUAGUCGCUCCAAGGACAGCGUGCUGAGCCCCAAGGCUUCCGUGGGGCACCAGCACUACGGACAGAGCAGCUCAACUCCCAUGAACACCCGGAUUGAGCCCUACUACAGUGUCUACAACAGCAGCCCUUCCCAGGAAGUGAGCACCCCAAACAGCCUGCAGCCAGUCAACUCCACCUUCGGGCUGGCCAAACCUUACGUGGCCACAUACUAUCACACCAAUGGUGUGGGGAGGGACUGCGAUAGCACUUCGGCAAGGCACAUACCAGUGCCCUCAGUGUAG